CUUCCUUCCCUCCUCAAGGUUACGGCUGCCGCUCCUCUUCUAAAUCUCUCAACAAAACCACCGCCGCCGCUGCCUUCUUCCUUCCUACCUUCCUUCACUGUAAGUCCAGCGCCACCGUUCAUCAGGAAUGCCUCCGAAACAAAAACAAAAGAGCAAGGGCAAUAACAGGAAGAAGUAUACUACUCACAUUGUGGACGCAGCAACAGAAGCUAGAUUAAACCCCAUGCCUAACAUUUCUACUGCAUCUUCUAGCCAGGGAUCACCUGGGUCCUCCCAGGCUAGUGUAGCUGCCCCCGCUAUGGGUUCUGCUCCUCCUCCCACUUACAUAUACCCUCCAUUACAUCUAGGAUAUUAUGGCACCGUACCUCCUUUUGGGACAUUCCCUCCUCCGAGCUAUCAGUUCCCACCAUAUUCAAUCCCACCACAAAACCAUCCCCUUCCCCAACAACAACAAAUCCCUCCACAGCAAAACCCACCCUUUCCGCAACAACAACAAAUCCCUCCACAACAAAACUCACCAUUUCCCCAACAACAAAUCCCUCCACAACAAAACCCACCUUUUCCCCAACAACAACAAAACCCACCACAACCCCAACAACAACCCCAACAAGAAAAUGUGGUCGAAGAGGGUGGUGGAGAGCUGGUGAUGUUUCAUGAUGUUAUCCCGGAUUAUCCGAGAGAUUCUCUUCGUCGAUACAUCUUAAAGCCUAGUGGAAACAGGAGGAGUAUGACCGGCAGCUUGCUGAGGCUAUUUCUCAAGGGUCUACUAUUGAUCACUCUUUGACCUUCAACACUUGGAAAAAAGUUGUCGGCGACAAGAAGAAAGGAAAGCUCUAUGGCCUUGGUAACUUAGCCGCUAACUAUCGGAAGGGAAGUGUUGCAUCAACCCUCAGACUAACCCUCAAUCAGGGUGAAGGAACCUCCCAGCAGCCUCAGCUGACGCCAGAGAUGCGGGAGCUCAUUCAUAGAUUGUCACAAGAGCAGUUCUCGCAGCAGAUGGCAAGUCAAGCAGCCCUUGUGCAAGAAUUGAUUAACCGCCAAAGAUUAUACGAGGAGCAGCUGACUCGACUUAUGCAAGCACAGGAUCAAGCUCCCUCCCACACUCAAGCGCCGGUUUUAAGUCCGAAUGUUGAGCCUUAUCCCGUAUAUAAGGAGGAUGAUGUGGACGAUGCGGAUGAUGUUGAGGAUUGAUGUUUUAGGUCCUUUAUGAUAUAUUCUCUUUUGACUUUUAUCUAUAUAAUUUCUAGGUCUGUAAUACUUGGGGAAGUUUCUUAUACUUCCUGGUACAAUUUCAAUGCUCCUAGACAAUAUUUUAUAUUUUAUG